AUGCAGUCUUCAAAUAAAGAAUCCCUGCUACCCGCGGAGGCCAAAGUCGUUUUGGUCACCGGUGCGUCAUCCGGCAUAGGCUAUGAGCUUACGAAGGAGCUAGCAAACCGCGGUUACGUCGUCUACGCAGCUGCGCGCAGUAUCGAGCCCAUCGAAGCGUUGCGCGACAAGUGCGGUCCUGAGAAGGUUAUCCCGGUGCAGCUCGAUGUGACAGAUGAGGAGCAGGUCACGAAGCUUCGGCGGAGGAUGAGCAAGGAGAUACCAGGUGGCAAGCUUCACGCGCUCUUCAACAACGCCGGUCAGAGUUGCACAAUGCCCGCGGUCGACGUGACUCCCGAGAUGAUCGAGAAGUGCUUUCGCGUGAACGUAUUUGCGCCCAUGAACAUCACGCGCGAGUUCGCCCCUUUGCUGAUCCGCGCCCACGGCACAAUCGUUUUCACAGGCUCGCUAGCCGGCAUCAUCCCGUUCCCCUUCGGAAGCGUCUACUCGGCGACCAAGGCCGCCGUGCACCAGUACGCCCGCGUGCUGCACCUCGAGCUCAAGCCCUUCGGCGUCCGUGUGAUCAACGCCGUCACCGGCGGUGUCGCUACCAACAUUGCCGAUACCCGCCCACUCCCCAAGUCCAGCGUCUACAACUUCGCCGAGGGCAAGGCUGCCUUCGCAGAGCGCCAGCGUAUGGCCAGCCGCAGCAGCCCCAUGCCGGCACCCGUCUACGCGCGCAAACUGGUCAGCGACCUUGAGUCCUCCGACGACCCACUCAACGUUUACCGUGGCCACCUCGCCACAGUUCUGUCGUGGCUCGAGCUGCUCUUGCCCCACAAGGUCCUCGAAUGGGGUCUCAAUAAGGCCUUUGGUCUCUUCCCCGUGUAUGACGCCCUUGAGGCCCGCAAGCGUAAGGAUUAG